AUGGAUUUCGAGAAUUUUCCAGCUGAACUAAUGAGCCAAGGAAGUAUGGUGAUCCCUGAUACAAUUUUGAUGAUUCUCUUAACCAUUUUCAUUCUAAUUUUCUCCCUUGAUAUCGUAUAUAUCUGUGCUCGUCAAGUCUACAUUGCUCUCACUUAUCAAAAUGAUUGUGACCUGAUCUUUGAAACAUCCUUCUGCUCCAUGUUCCGGCGAGUCGCAUUAACAUGUUUCGUUGGUGUCACUUCUACACAAUUCUGCCAAAUGCUCGAACGACUCAUCGCUACUGUACUUGAAGAAAAGUAUGAAUUUCAGACGCAAUGGCUUGGAGGAUUGUUUAUUUUGUUCUCGGUCUUAUCUGCCAUUCUAGCCAUUGAAUGGGCUUUGUGGAACGAGAAUCCAUUGGAACCAAUGACACAUUGCCUUACUUAUUCUACAUCUGCUUCCAUUGGAGAGCGAAUGUACAUGGUGCUUUAUGGAAUAUUAUUCGCUGACUUAUUCAUCCUGGUUGCGUUUUUUGCACUUUGGCGGAAGAAUAAGCAAAAAGUUUUAAUGGAACCCGGAUCAGGGUCCCCGCUUACUGCUCGCGCAAAAUUCAUGUUUGAAGGGACAAAUAACGAUGAGCUGAGCUUCGACAAGGAUGCCGUGAUCACAAUUACUCAAAAGCUAGACGACGGCUGGUGGGAAGGAACUCAUGAAGGCGUCACCGGAUGGUUUCCAAGCGGAUAUGUCACUCUGUUAACCGAAAAAGAAAUAGUGGCAAUCGGAGCACAACCAGAUUACCGGGAGGCCGUGCUGAAAAGUUUCAUUGAGGCAGAAAAGGAGUACAUGCAGAAGUUGCUGAAAACGCUACAGACGUUAUUGCUGCCUAUCGGAAAGUCUAAAGUUCUCUCUGCCUCCGACUACUGCACACUGGUUGGGAACUAUGAAGACAUAUUCACCUUGAAACGAGACAUUCUAGAAAGUCUGGAACGUGAGCAAUCAGAGGAUCUACCAAAGAUGAAGGUUGGUGGAGUAUUCAUGAAAGCCGCUCUCGAGCUCCGUACAUCGCUCUCCCUAUACGCCGAUAACCAUCCAGAUGCAGUGGAAGUGUUGAAGAAGAAACAGAAAGAUCUCGAGAAGGUGGUAAAGGCUCAAGAUCGAGAGUACAAAGAUCUGGUUUCGGGCCUCAGCGAGCCACUGCGUCAUGUUGAUAAGUACUACAACCUUCUGCAGGAGUUGGAGAGAAUUGUUCCAGCUAACCACCCAGAUCGUGGGGAUUUACAACGCGGUGCAGCUGUUUUCCGUGAAACCAAAGAUUUAUGCGAAACCCUUCGCAAACAGAAAGAAGCCCAACUUGACUUUUUGUUCGUAUCGAAGGUGGACAAAGUGGUCUCACCUGCAGACAGAGGAACCAUACUGUUCGUCGCACUGUUCACCAAGUACAUCAUGUUCUUCGAAGUCACCAAAGACAUGACCUACGACAUCAAAGAGAAAUAUCCAGUCUCUGGAUUUAUUGUUCAUAAGAAGAAUGCGACUGAAAUUGUUUUUGAUCGACCAAAUACUGGAGAAUUCACAUUGACCAUGGUUGCCUCUGGUGGAGAAGUUGAACGAUUUAUGAUGGCCCUUGGUAAAGCUGGAAACGUGACUGUUAUCCCUGCACCGUCAUGCACCAUCCUCCGUCGGCCAUCAAAGAACACCAUGGAUAACAUGAGCCAGUCUCAAGGAAUGGAGAGUCCGCUGACUUCAAAGCCACCACUUCAUCCGAUGGGAAUAUCGGACAGUGGGUUGACGACAAAGAGAAAGAGUUCUUCAAAGAACUUUGAUGAUGUCAUGAACCUGAGCAACCUAAAACUGGACCAUGAGCUUGGAAUGGUACUACCCGAAGGUUUUGAACUUCCAACAAGUAGCCGCAACUCUAGAAACAAUACUGACAACCUUCAAUUCUCCCAAUUUCCUGCAUAUUUUUUGAGCGGAAAUUCCGGGAAACGCAGUGAACGGGGAUUCCGUCUACGUAAGGAUGCAGCUCGUGACGAAGAGAUUGAAUUCGAGACGCUUCGAAUUUUGGAGGGAUACUGUGUGGAGACUAGCGGUGCACAGUCGGACUUUCAUGCCAAUGAGAGUUACCAACAGCCGCAUUUGAUAGUGGCAGAAGAUGAAAAGAUUCUGAUGGAAGAGAUGGUCGGAGACGAGAUGGUUCUUCAGGAAAAGUUGUUCAGUCCAUUUUUAGGUGUCUGGGGCUCGGCUGCCAAGAGCAUCGUCGACGCGGUCUACUCCCUCAAAGACCAUGUGAUGGUUCUUCAGGCUGAUCUCAAAAGCCUACAAAAGGCGUUCGAGUCGGAACAAAAAGCGCGUCGUCGUCUUGAGCACAUGCUUCCCAAGAUGUCUGGAGUCAUUUCUCCAGAUGGAAGUAGCAGCACUCCAAGAAAGGAAAUCAACUCAUUUGAUUCGUGA